AUGCAGACGGAAUCGAUUCUUGCCUAUUUCUGCCUGUGUCAGUUUCUGUGGAGGUUCUCACUUGCUGAGGACUGUCCAUACAAGGAAUGUCAAUGCCAGUACAGCAGCAUAUUUUGUGAAGGCAAAGCUCUACAUUCUAUACCUGUGCUGGCCAAUCGGAAUUCGACUGCAUUUACAGAAUUGACGUUGGAUGAUAAUCAAAUAACGACAAUACAAUCCGGAAACCUGCCCCCUAACUUGACACAACUGUCCUUGCUGGACAAUCCCCUGACAUCUAUCGAUGAUGAUGCCUUCAACUCAUCGGCCACAACUCUGAACUCUUUAGCUUUCUCUAAACCUCGGUUUAACAGAAUCCCUAAUGCACUAUUGUCUCUACACACUUUACAGCAUCUACAAGUGAACGACGCUAGCAUCUCGGACUGGAAUAUUGACGUCCUGAACCAUAUUGGUCCCACAUUGAAAAGCCUUAACCUGAAUAAUGUCAGCUUUACAUCACCACCAACAUGGCUGCAGUACCUCUCCCAUGUCACGGAACUAAACAUCGUUGCCAGCAACCUCAGCUCACUGCCUGACAACGCCCUAGACAGUAUGGCUGACUCUUUAAUCACAGUAUCUUUGUCCAGUAACCGUUUAACAGAAGUUCCUAAAGCGCUCUCAAAACUAACAGCUAUUCAAUUACUUGACCUAUCAAGUAACAGAAUAAAAAGCACCAAGUAUCUUCCCAUAUCAACUCAUGCAAUUUUUGUUUCAUUGAACGAAAACCUUAUAUAUAAUUCCAGCGAAUUAAGUAAUUCAUUGAGGGGAUGCGCAAAAUCUUUGGUGGCUUUGAACAUUCAAGAUAAUCUUUUGACAUCAAUACCAGAUGUGUCGUUUUUAACUGGUAUGAAAAGUCUAGACUUUAGAGAUAAUCGAAUUUCUGAUUACAGUUCAGGAGUUUUACAGUCAAAUUUGCUUGCCCUCGAUUUGGAGAAUAAUCUGCUUAGAUCGAUUCCUGUAGGCAUACCUGGUUUGGAAAACUUAGAAGCGAUCGUUAUGACAUCAAACAUCAUAUCACAUAUUCAAGGAGCAGAUUUUCCUCCUAAAGUCGAGACAGUUGUACUAGCAAAGAAUCUUAUAACGGCGCUGAAUGACGACAGUUUUCCUGAAAAUGCUCUGUUUCAAACCUUGAAUUUGAAUUAUAACCCGAUAUCCAACAUUUCUCCUGCAGCAUUUAAACAUCUUAGUCUGCUGCAAGGGUUGAGUCUGCAAGGUACCGAACUGACACGUCUGCCUCUGGCGUUGACCUCUCUUGUUGAUCUCUACAGUCUAGAUGUCACGGAUACAACAGGGCUAGUGUGUACAUGCCAGGAGAAAGAUCUUGCAGCUUGGAUAUUGUCUCCUAAAAUGGUCAGCAUCUUGGGCAACUGUGGAAACAUCAAGGUCUACGAUUUCUUUUCUAUACUAAGCCCCGGUUGUCCAACAAAGUGA